AUGAUACAGUUACAAUAUAGUACGGAAACGACACAUAAGACCUCACAUGGUAAGGAAACGACACACAAAGACACACACAGUACGAAGACGACACAUAGGGGAGCGCAUAGUACGGAGACGGCACAUAAGGACGAACUUAAUACGGAGAAGACACAUAAGGAAACACAUAAUACGGAGACGACCCAUAAGGACGAACAUAAUACGGAGAAGACACAUACGGACGCACAUAACAUUGAGACGACACACAAGGAGAUACAUAGUACGGAGACGACACAUAAGGAGGAACAUAGUACGGAGACGACACAUAAGGACGCACAUAUCAUUGCGACGACACACAAGCAGAUACAUAGUACGGAGACGACACAUAAGGAGGAACAUAGUACGGAGACGACACAUAAGGAGGAACAUAGUACGGAGACGACACAUAAGGACGCACAUAUCAUUGAGACGAUACAUAAGGACGCCCAUAGUACGAGGACGACACAUAAGGACGAACUUAGUAUCGAGACGACACAUAAGGACGAACAUAGUACGUAG